ACUAAGAAAUACAUACCUAGGGAAGUAAAUAUACAUGUUAUUAGAAGAAAGGCAUGCAAACACAUAAAGGACACAUUAAUGAAGUAACCUUAGUAUGUUUAGACACAGUAAGACAGUAAACCAAAAAUAAGGAUUUUUCAUACUUCAGUAGUGGCACAGAUUCUGCAGUACCUUCAGUACCUACAUAAUAUAUAUAUAUCAAGAGAAGAAACCGAUUUACAACGCCUUACUCUGCCAUUCAUAUUCACUGGGAGCCGACACAGGAUCCUGUAUAAGAUGUCCGGUGAAAACACACCACUCCUGUGGGGUUCACGCUCUUGUAGCACCUACUCUUCUGUCGCAGGAUCUCUCAAUCUACUCCUAUACACAUCUUCAUUGCCAUCCACUCCACACUUAGAACCACAGAUGAUCUUUCCUGGUGGACAAUACUCCGCAGAGGAACUAUGCACUGCAGCUGCCAAAUCCUGCGGAAUCCUGCCUGUAUAUCAUUCCUUUUUUUCACUGGCAUCUCCAGAUCUCAAGACCUGGUAUAAUCCAAACCACAUAUUCACAGUGGAUGGUUGCAUUGCUCACGUUGUGGUUUAUCGCAUCAGGUUCUUCUUCCCCAGUUGGAUUGGUUCAGGUGAACAAAAAUCUACACGCUGCAGCCUCAUGGAUUUGACUCAUGACCCGAUUCUCAGCUACCAGGUCAUAGACUAUCUCUUUGCCCAAUGUCGCAGUGACUUCAUAAAUGGUUUAAUGCUGCUGCCUGAGAACAUGGAUGUACAGGAGCAGUGCCUAGCCCUGGCAGUAUUAGAUAUUAUAAGGCUGGCACAGGAGAAUAACAAAACCCCCAAACAGAUACUCAGCAGUGUUAGCUACAAGCACUGUAUUCCCCAGAGCCUCCGGGAGAGCAUUGUGAAGUUGAACUUGUUUUGUCGAAAGAGAUUGCGCCGGAGUGUUCAGAAAUCUCUGAAGAAGAUCCGUGCCUGUACACUCAGUGUUCCUCUCAUCAAAAUAAAAUACCUAGUAGAUAUAGAGAAACUCUACCAGGACUUUGGGACAGAGACCUUUUCUGUCAAAAGCACCCAGAAAGGUGGAAAGGAUCUGGUCUUUAAAGUUUCUAGUAUGGGAGGCAUCACCUGGAGAGAGGCAGAGAGUGAGUUGUGGCAACCAUUUUGUGACUUUGCAGAUAUAGUGGACAUUAGAAUAACACAAACCAAUGCUGAUCAAACAAUAGUAGAAGGACGCAUUGUGACCAUCACCAAGCAAAACAACAAGGUUCUGGAGUCACAGUUUCCAGUCCUUAGGGAAGCCUUGUCUUUUGUGUCUCUGGUUGAUGGAUAUUACCGGUUGACUACAGACUCUCACCAUUAUUUCUGUGAGGAAGUAGCACCUCCACGCCUGCGGUGGAAUCUGGAGAAUCAGUGCCAUGGACCCAUCACCUCAGAAUUUGUUAUUGACAAACUGAAGAAAAAUGGCAGUAUUGGAGGAAACUAUGUUCUUCGCUGCUCCCCCCAAGACUAUGACAAGUUUCUGCUAACUGUGUGUUUGGAGACACCAUUGGGGAAGGAUUUUCAAGGCUGCUGUAUCCUAUGUAAGAAUGACAGUUACUGCUUGGCUGGCAUCCCACGUCAUUUCUCCAGUUUGCGGAAUCUCCUGGAGUAUUAUAAAUCUCAUAGCCUGCGUCUGGGUGGUGUCUCUACGUGCCUCACGUAUUGCUGCCCUCCAAGAGCCAGAGAGAAAUCAAACCUUUUAAUACAGCGUGACAGUUGUCCUCAAAGAAUUGUAUCACCUGCAAGACAGAUAAGGAACAUUCCACCACUGACCUUUCACAAGAUCCAUCUCAAAGACAUCACCUUUCUGGAGAGCCAGGGGAAAGGCUCCUUCACUAAGAUAUUUCAAGGAUUACGCAGAGAUGCAGAGGGAGAGGAAGAGCGUGUGGUGGAUGUAUUGCUCAAAGUUCUUGAUGCCUCUCACCAACAUUACCAAGAGUCUUUUCUAGAAGCAGCCAGUAUAAUCAACCAGCUCUCGCACAAACACCAAGUACUGCUGCAUGGAGUCUGUGUGGGAAAACAGAUUGUCAUGGUGCAGGAAUUUGUGUGUCUGGGUGCCCUAGAUCUCUACCUGAAGAGAAAGCAGAAGAAAGGUCCCAUUGCCAUAAGCUGGAAGCUGGAAGUGGUCAAGCAACUAGCUUAUGCUCUCUGCUACAUGGAGGAUAAGCUAUUGGUUCAUGGAAAUAUUUCGUCUAAGAAAAUACUCUUGAGCCGUGAAGGAGACAAGGACACGCCCCCGUUCAUUAAACUCAGUGACCGUGGUGUAAGCAUCAAAGUCCUGGAAAAAGGAAUGUUGUUAGAGAGAAUCCCAUGGUUGGCCCCAGAAUGUGUGUCUGACCCCAGGAACUUGGCUUUAGAGUCUGACUGCUGGAGCUUUGGGGUCACUCUGUGGGAAAUCUUUAAUGAUGGCACUGUACCCCUAAAUGCAGAGGAGCCAGAAAAGAAACUGCAGUUUUAUGAGGAGCAGAUGCAGCUUCCAGCUCCACACUGGAUAGAGUUGGCAAGCUUAGAGCAACAGUGCAUGUCUUAUAGCCCAGUCUUGCGGCCAUCAUUCCGCUCUAUCAUCCGAGAGCUCAACAAUCUUAUUGCAUCUGAUUAUGAGCUGUUAGUGGAUUCCAAAGGCCAACAAAUAAAAGAAGGAUUCAGAGUAUGUGACCAUGUCUGGGAAUACAAGGACCCUAGUGUAUACGAGGAAAGACAUCUCAAAUAUAUAUCAGUCCUUGGCAAGGGAAAUUUUGGCAGUGUUGAGCUAUGCAGGUACGAUCCCUUGGGUGAUAAUACAGGAGAACUGGUUGCAGUGAAAAAGCUCCAGCACAGUGAUGCUGACCAUAUCCGGGAUUUCCACAGAGAGAGCUUCAUUCUGCGCGCACUGCAUAAUGACUACAUUGUCAAAUACAAAGGGAUUUGCUAUAGUGCAGGUCGCCGUAGUUUCCAACUGGUCAUGGAAUAUCUUCCUAAUGGAAGUUUGCAGCAAUAUUUGCCAAAGAACAGGGACGAGCUGUGCUCCCAUCAUCUGCUUCUUUAUGCCUCCCAGAUAUGCAAGGGCAUGCUAUACUUGGGAUCUCAGCGUUAUCUGCAUCGGGAUCUGGCCAGCAGGAAUAUUCUCGUAGAGGAUCUAAAUCAUGUGAAAAUCGGAGACUUUGGACUAACAAAAAUCUUACCACAAGAUAAAGAAUACUAUGUGGUACGAGAGCGAGGACAGAGCCCCAUCUUUUGGCAUGCCCCCGAGUCUCUCUCAGACAAUAUCUAUUCCCGUGAGUCAGAUGUCUGGAGUUUUGGGGUACUGCUUUAUGAACUCUUCACUUACUGUGAAAGAAGCUGUAGCCCAUCUGCGGAGUACCGACGUAUGAUGGGCCCCCACAAUUCCCAGCAAACUGUUUGUGCACUUGUAGAACUAUUAAGAGCUGAGAAAAGACUGCAGGCUCCCCCAAGCUGUCCAGUACAUGUGUAUGAGAUGAUGUUCUCAUGCUGGUCUUUCCUCCCCUGUGAGAGACCAGCGUUCAGUGACUUGGACAAACAGUGUGAGCAGUUCCGGAAGAUGUGCAAGAGUCUGUAAGCUUAAUAAUAGUGUAUAUGCAGAGCAGUGGAGUGGAUUGUGGAGUUAAACCAUAAUCUCAUAAUUUAACACAAGGCAACUUUUCAAUUUGUGUAUACAGGUUGAGUCUCCUUUAUCCGAAAUGCUUGGGACCAGAAGUAUUGCUGAUAUCAGAUUUUGCUGUCUUUUAGAAUAUUUGCAUAUACAUAGGGGGGUAUUCAAUUUUCUGCGAUCAUUGAUGGCGGGUAAUUAUGUUGCCAGGGGGCUAUUCAAUUAGCCCCAAUAAGAUGGUGCGGAAGCAUCUUAUCUGGGAUUUUGUUUCACCUGCCCCAGGGAGGUAAAGCAAAAUCCCCCAAAGCAGCCCCGUUAUCAUCAGACAACGGGGCUAUUUCUACCAAAAACACACGUUUCACUGAACCUGUGUGUUUUCGGGUGAAAAGGAUUUCUUCAGGUGACCUAAUUGGAUACCACAAAAGAAAAUAUAGAAGAAACAUUGGGAAAAAUCGCAAGUGAUUGAAUACCCCCAUUAGGAGAUAUCUUGGGGAUGGAACCCUAAACACAGAUUGAGAGAUGGGCCUAAACACAGAAUACAUUUAUGUUUCAUAAACACCUUAUACACAUAGCCCGGAGGUCAUUUUAUACAAUAUUUUGAAUUAUUUUGUGCAUGAAACAAAGUUUGUGUACAGUGAACCAUCAGAAAGCAAACGUGUCACUAACUCAGUCGCACUCUAAAAAUUCUGGAUUUCAGUAACUUGGAAAUGAGAGACUGAACCUGUGUAAUAGCAGUAAAUAUCAAAAUGUACAAAUAUUUGCUCACAGAUAAGUCAGAUAUAUGGUGUACACCUUUUUGUCAUUUGGUUUCCUUUUCAUUUUAUAAUUUUCACGUCUAAAAAUAAAAUUAAUUACAAGUGAA